ACCUUAUUUUUCUUAGACCAUAACACAGAGCGUGGAAAGAUUUAUUGUUUGUUAUCCUCUCUGUACUUUUAGUUUAUGGGUGAAGGAUUGAAACAAAUGUAUCGUGAAGUAUCAUCAUCAAGAGCUGAGGAUGAGGAUGAGCUCGGAGAAUCAUCAUCUCUCUCAGGGGAAUCAGAUGAUGAAGUGGAGGAUGAAGCCAACUCUCCUUCCAAUAAAUCUUCAAGCUCUUCUCAUGGGCCUCUCCAUGAGCUGUCUUCACUUGUAUCACAGCUCCCUGUCAAGAGAGGCCUCUCAAAAUUCUAUCAAGGCAAAUCACAAUCCUUCUCAUCAUUUUCUGAUGUGAGUAGCGUUGAAGAUCUCGCUAAGAAAGAGAGUCCAAUAAUCAAGAGGAGUAUGAAGCCCUGCAGGAGGAGCUAUGGAGGGGGAUUGGAUGGUAAGGACCAGGAGUCAUGUUACGGGUCACCAUCUGGGCCUUCGAAUAAAAUCUUACCUAAGAAAGGCCCAAGAGGUUCUUGUGCUUCCUCAAUUGCGAGAACCAGCAGCGGCUGCAGCUAUUUUGCCGGUGGAAAGCCCCCUGCUAUUCCUAUGCACAAGAACAUGUAAAAAUUUUAGCCUUUAAAUUGAAUCAUUAGAGAGAGAGAGAGAGAGAGAGAGAGAAGGAAGCCCUUUAUUAUGGAGAUUUUGUCUAAAGGAGUAAAGCAGAUGUCGAGGCGUUAAUUAGAGUUUCAUCUGGAUUUACAGAGUUUUUUUUUUAAUAUUUAGCAUUUAUUGUGCCUUGUGUUAUUGUGUAGAUAUAGGUAAGAAUCAUUUCCUUAAUUACAUUGAUCUUAUAUUGUGUAAUCAUGAGCUAAUAGAAGCACAUUUCGGUUGCA